GGUGUUCCCUCUUGCUUCUGCCUGUGUGUUAAGUGGCAGAAGAAAUUUUGAAAGCUGCGAGGAGGAGCUAGUGACUAGGUUUUGGGAUGUUUUGUACCCCACCCUCCCCACUUGUAGGAAAACCUCUUUAGAUCCAGAGGUAACUGAAUUGGAAGGAGGAAGACUGCUCCGGGAAUAGGAGGAAAGUAAUUCUCCCACCGCGCCUCCUCCUCCUAUCAUUUAUCACUUGCCUCCUGACUCUCCUCCAAACCAAGCUGCUCUGUGCCAAGGCGGCAGCAGAAUCCCCUGCACGAGUGCCAGCCACUGGGAAUCUGCUUAAGCCGCCCUGUACAUCCCAAGCUGCCCUAUAUCCGGUCGCCAUCCCUGACCAUUGGGACCACUUCUGAUGGCUGUGGCCUCCGCUGCCGCAGGGAGCAUCUUCCGUAAGCAGCUCCUUUUCUCUCUCUUGGUUUUAAUAUUAUUUUGUGAUGCAUGUCAGAAAAUUUCUCUUCAAGUUCCUUCUCAUCUUCAGGCUGAAACGCUUGUAGGCAAAGUGAAUCUGAAGGAGUGUCUCCAGUCGGCCAGCCUAGUCCUGUCAAGUGAUCCUGACUUCAGGAUUCUAGAAGAUGGCUCAAUUUACACAACACAUGACCUCAUUUUGUCUUCUGAAAGGAAGAGUUUUUCCAUCUUUGUUUUGGACAGUCAGAGAAAGGAACAGAAAGAGAUUGAAAUUGUACUGGCAGUAGGAGGAAACAAGGCUCCCAAGAAGAGACAUACCAAAGACACAGUCCUCAAGCGCAGCAAGAGACGGUGGGCUCCUAUUCCAUGUUCACUGAUGGAGAACUCGUUAGGUCCAUUUCCACAACAUGUUCAGCAGGUCCAAUCUGAUGCUGCACAGAACUACACCAUCUUUUACUCCAUCAGUGGACCAGGAGUGGACAAAGAGCCCUUCAAUUUAUUCUUUAUAGAUAAAGACACUGGGGAUAUCUUUUGUACACGAAGCAUAGACCGUGAGCAAUAUGACCAGUUUCCGCUAUAUGCCUAUGCAACAACUGCAGAUGGUUAUGCCCCAGAGUACCCACUCCCCUUAGUAUUCAAAGUUGAAGAUGAUAACGAUAAUGCCCCAUAUUUUGAAAACAAAGUGACUGUCUUUAACGUCCCUGAAAAUUGCCGAUCUGGUACUUCAGUGGGACAAGUGACUGCCAUAGACCUUGAUGAACCUGACACUCUACAUACUCGUCUGAAGUAUAAAAUCUUACAGCAAAUCCCAGACCAUCCAAAGCAUUUCUCCAUACAUCCAGAUACAGGCGUCAUCACCACAACCACACCUUUACUGGAUAGAGAAAAAUGUGAUACAUACACGUUAGUAAUGGAAGUGCGAGACAUGGGGGGGCAACCUUUUGGUUUAUUUAAUACAGGAACAAUUACUAUUUCACUCGAGGAUGAAAAUGACAAUGCACCCUAUUUUGCAGAAACUUCGUAUUUUGCAGAAGUAGAGGAAAACAGAAUUGACGUUGAGAUUUUACGAAUGGCGAUACAUGACCAGGAUUUGCCAAACACUCCUCACUCCCAGGCUGUGUACACGAUCCUACAGGGAAAUGAAAACGGACACUUCAAAAUUAGCACCGACCCAAAGACAAAUGAAGCAGUCUUGUGUGUUGUCAAGCCAUUGAACUAUGAAGUCAAUCGCCAAAUUGUUUUGCAAAUUGGUGUACUUAAUGAAGCACAAUUCUCUAAAGCAGCAAACUCACAAACUCCUCCUACUAUGUGCACUGCAACUGUCACUGUUAAAGUAAAGGACAGUGAUGAGGGCCCUGAAUGCCAACCGCCAGUAAAAGUUAUUCAGAGUAAAGAUGGCCUCCCACCUGGCAAAGAACUCCUUGGAUACAAAGCGUCAGAUCCAGAAACGCGCAAUGGGGAAGGCCUAAGGUAUAAGAAGAUAGGAGAUGAAGAUGGUUGGUUUGACAUUAAUGAAUACACUGGUGACUUGAAAACUUUAAAAGUGCUAGAUAGAGAAUCAAAAUUUGUAAAAAAUGACCAAUACAAUGUUUCCGUGGUUGCAAUGGAUGCAGAUGGCAGAUCUUGCACUGGAACAUUAGUAGUUCUUUUGGAAGAUGAUAAUGACCACCCACCACAACUUGAAAAAGAAGUGACAAUUUGUCGACAUAAUAAAGAGUAUGCUGUUCUAGAACCUGUAGAUCCAGAUGGACCUGAAAAUGGUCCACCUUUUCAAUUCUUUCUGGAUAAUUCUGCCAGCAAACUUUGGACUAUAGAAACAAAGGAUGGUAAAACUGCCAUUCUUCGUGAACGGCAAAAUCUUGAUUAUAACUACUAUACUGUGCCUAUCGAAAUAAAAGAUAGACAUGGUUUGGUUGGAAAACACAUGUUAUCAGUGAGAGUAUGUGACUGUGCAACUCCAUCUGACUGUAGAAUGAAUAUUGUCGAUGAGAGAGAUGUUAAGUUAUCAAAUGUAAUACUUGGAAAAUGGGCUAUUCUUGCCAUGGUGUUGGGCUCUGCAUUGUUGUUAUGUAUUCUGUUUACGUGUUUCUGUGUCACUGCUAAGAAAACAGUAAAGAAAUGUUUUCCAGAAGAUGUAGCCCAGCAAAAUUUAAUUGUAUCAAAUACUGAAGGACCUGGAGAAGAAGUAAUGGAGGCAAAUAUUAGACUCCCCAUUCAGACAUCCAACAUUUGCGAUACAAGCAUGUCUGGUGGCACCCUUGGUGGCCAGGGAGUCAAAACACAGCAAAAUUUUGAGAUGGUCAAAGGUGGAUACACUUUGGAUUCCAGCAAAGGAGGUGGACAUCAGACCUUGGAAUCCGUCAAGGGGGUAGGACAAGGAGUAACGGAUACUGGCCGAUUCGCAUACACCGACUGGCACAGCUUCACCCAACCUCGGCUUGGCGAAAAGGUGUAUCUGUGUGGACAAGAUGAGGAGCAUAAACACUCUGAAGACUACGUGCGCUCGUACAACUAUGAAGGAAAAGGGUCCAUGGCCGGCUCGGUAGGCUGCUGCAGUGAUCGGCAGGAAGAAGAAGGACUUGAGUUUUUAGAUCAUCUGGAACCCAAAUUUAGGACGCUAGCGAAGACGUGUAUAAAGAAUUAAAUGUGCCUUUAAUAGAGUACCAUCUACAAAUGCCUAUGUAGGAGUGUAUUGAAUAUCAGAUGGUAGCAGCAUCUGCUAAUGUGUUUAUUGGAGGUAAACUUUGAGUCAUGUAUAGAUAAGGAUACUAUAAAUAUGAAGCUCCCCUAAAUUCUGCUUGUCUGAUAUGACUUCCAUGUUCUCUAGAAAUACAAGUUUCACUUGUUAAUUUUCUUUUAUAUGCUUGUAUAUAUUGCCCUUUCUGGAAUGUACUAUGUACUUUCUUGCAUCUUCUCUUUGAAAACUUGUUACUUCGUACUCUUGUACUUUCUUGCAUCUUCUAUUUGAAAACUUGUUACUUCGUAUGCUAUGGAAGAGUAGGUGGGAGAGCUGGGUGUUGUGGAGGCUAAUGAAAAAUGAAUUUUUAUUUUAGAUGAAAAUUAAAUAUUUUCUCCAAAAUCUUGGGGAGAACUAUUUAGAAUUAUUGUCUUUGGUGACAGAGAAUUGCUUCCUCUACCCAAGUGGCUAUGUAUGGAAGGAUUUUUAAGUAUUCUUUGGUGCAGUCUUCAAUUUGGUAAAUAAAAGCUCAUUUCUCCCUACAAUUUUAACUUGUGGAGGUGUACCCAGUGCUGUUUUCUUUCAGGAGGCUUCAGAGCUUUGUCCUUGGGUCUCUGCCUAUGUGAAUGUGUUAUCAGGUUCCUACAGCUUCUAGGAUUGUUGGAAAGACAUGGAUUAGAACAAGCUCACAGCAGUUUGAGCCACAGAGAUUUCAUAAGGAUCAUGUGAGAGAAUUUCCAUGAAAGAAUUGCAGCCUUAAUACCAAUGGGUUGACUCAGACCCACAAAUAUGUUUUGUUUUUACAUAAUGAGCUAUUACCUUUUAAAAAUACAAAUACUUGGCAAGAACAUGCACUCUCUAGUUUGACACAGGGCCACCAUCUUCAAGCAUUUGUGGAACUAGCCCAGCAGGUAUGAGGCUUGCAACCCUGACACGCAGUGCUUAGGCCUUUGAACAUGCUAAAAACUGAAUGGCAUCCAUAUUGGAACCUAAAGCUCAGUGUACAUUAAUCUACUUUAAGAAAAUCAGAAAUAAAGAGUUUGGAAUAUAUAUGUUAAAAAAUUAAAAUCUCUUAAAAUUACAUUUACCAAACAUUUGUUGAAUGAUGGAUAAAUGAGUGAACACAUAAGUUCAUAAAUUAUUUUGAAUGCAUAAUAUUUUAAUAAGAUAUUAUAUUUUAUUCCUUUAGAAAAAAGCCAUGUAUUUAAAUAAUAUUUUAAUAGUCUUUUGUGCCAAACUCUAUAGAUUUAUAAACAAUAACAAUAUAUAUCACAUGGAAAUUUCUCAUUCAGACAAAAACUUUUUUUAAUCUAUUAACUAGUUAACUAUUGAGAAAAUGAGCAGUUGAUUUUUAAAACUUUUGUGAUUAGCCUCCUCAUUCUCAGUUACAGUUUCUAAUUAAAGGUGUUACUUGAUACGACAUUGGAUAUUAGAGCAGAGGAAAAAAGUUUUAGUAAGUAAGAUUUUAUUUUAUAAGGUGUCCACAAUGUAUGCUUUUCAUAGCCUUUGUGAGUAAAAUAAUUUUAGGGGGUAAUACAAUUCUGUUGUCUGAUGUACUCGUCACUCUAACAAUGACACCAGUUUUAAAAUUUUAAAAUAUAAUCUUAUAUUUCAGAUAUAAUUUUAUAGACAUUUUUAUAGAAAUUUUAAAAUAUAUAUUAUAUUUUGAAAUUUUAAAAUAUAUCAUUAAAAAUUUAGAAGUAUAUUGUGCUAAGUUAUAUUCUUGAAUAUAAGUGCAGAAUGUUUUCUGAGCAAUUAAAAAUCAUUAGCCAAACAUUAACUUUUGUGUUUGUUUAUGUAUUAAUAUUUCUUCCAUUUGUUUAAGUAUGAAAGAGAGAAUUUAUAUCUGAACAUAAAGUACAAUUAAAGGCCAGUGGAAGAUUUCUUGGUUAGCAAGAGAGGACACUCUGAGUGCUACCAGAAUUAUUAGAAAGUGUGGGAAAUGAAUCUGCAUUAAGCAGUUUUGGCUAAUUAAAUGAUUUCAAAAUAUCAUUAAAAUUUAUCUCAUAGAGGAACUAUGACUGUUUUAUGAUAUACUUAGGAAUUUCAAAGUUAUUCUCUGUUUACACUCAAAAUUAAAUGUUAAUUUUAUGAUUGAUGAAAUUCACAAAACUCCACUGGACUAUUUACAAGUUUAGUUUUGUAACAAAAUUUUGUACUUUAUGGAUUGUUUUAUAUAAGUUAAUUGUCGGUAAAUUCAUUGUCAAUUAGUUAAUCAUGAAUUUUUUUUAUAAUUAAAUCUAUAGUUAGGGAAAAUAUACAAUUACAUUUUCCUUAUCUUGAUUCAGAUCUCAAAAUAUUUCAUGUGAAAAAAUUCCAUGGAAGCACCAAGAUAGACAAAAAUUGGCAUAACUAUUGUAAAUGAGCUUUGUUAAACAGUUUCUUAACUUUACUGAGCUUUUCAUUCCUCCUGAGUUUAUUAAAAAUAUUUUAUAAAACGAUAUCAAUGCAUAUGUUUACUUUUAGAAAAUGGAAUAUGCUAUGCUAUUUGCAAAAUAUUCACAAUAUAUGUUUUAGAGUUGAGGAUUUUUAUUUUCAUAGAAAAGAAAAACUAACUCAGUUUUUGCAGUGUGUUAGUUAUGAGUUCUGUACUAGCUGAAAAUCCUAAAUUAGAUUAGGGUAAUGAAACAAACAAACCAUGUAUAUUGCUGCAUCUCUCUGGUCUCUUUUAUUUGCUUUUCUAAUAAAGCCGAAGGAACAUUGCA